CAGGAAUCAUGAGGUCCUUCUUAAUAAUUUGUUUCCUUGCUACAAGUGUCUUUGGAUCAGGCUCAAAAAAGACAGAAAAGCGAGGUCUACUUGGAGCCACAGGACUGGGAUACCCAGGAUACUCUAGUAAUGGAUAUGCCAGUGGCCUUGGCCUCGGUUCUUACAGUUCUCCUGUCAAUUUGGGCUCAAGUUACGCUUCUGGUUAUGGCCUUGGAAGUCUCUACAGUUUAGGAACUUCCGCUUCCGAUUAUGGAGUAGGAAGAUCUGGAAGAAUCACUGGCAUCACAAUCAACAGAGAAGUUCAAAUUCCAGUCCCAGUUCCUCAUCCUUAUCCAGUUGAAGUGAUUCGAGCUGUACCUUAUCCAGAACUUUAUCCAGUCAAGGUUGAUCGACCAUAUCCGGUUGCAGUACAUCAUCCAGUUCCAGUAGAGAUUACUCGUCAUGUUCCUGUCAAAGUUGAUCGUCCUUGCCCUGUUCCAGUGCUGGAACAAGUUCCAGUUCCAGUCCCAGUUUCAUUUAAGGUGGGUUACGGCGUUCCCUCUUUGAAUCUUGGAUCUGGACUUUCAUCAGCGACUGCUAGUGCUUAUGCUAAGUCCUACUCUGGACUUGGUUCCGGAUCCUAUACUGGACUUGAUUCCGGUUCUUAUUCUGGAUUUGGUUCCAGUUUUAAUUCUGGUUCCUAUUCUGGACUUGGUUCCAGUUUUAACUCUCUUUCCAGUUCUGGAUCCUCUAAUCUCGGUUCUGCUUCCUACUUAGGAGUCAACUCUGAAUUUGACUCUGGAUCUUACCCCAGAAUUGAUUCCUAUUCUGGAAUUAAGUCUGGAGCUCACUCUAGUCUAGAGUCAAGUUCCUCUUUUGGAUCUGGCCUUGGUGUGUCAGCGUCUGAAAGUUCUGCUGAUUCCGGUUAUUCAUAUUCAGCUCCAUCAAAAAAAUUCACUUUUUAAGAGUUACAAAGCAGAGGACUACCGCCUGAUCUAACCAUGUAUUUAUUUCUGUAAGGAGUUCAAAUCCGAACAAAAUUCCGUAAAAUUUAAGGUAGAAUCUGUGUCAUUGCAAAUUUAAGCUGUUUUGUUAUGAUUCAUAAUAUGAAAACUCUGAAUUCAAUAUUUAUAAAUUUCACUUAAGUUUAUUGAUUUGUGAAUUUGUUACUAUAUAUGAAAUAUGUUUUAUUAAUAAAAAGCUAGAAGUGAAGCUAAAGCGAAUCGUCAUUAUAAAAUUACAUUAC